CUACCACGACUUUCUCAGUGCUUUCGUCUUUGUCCACUUUGAAUGACCGGUAACCUCAAAGCUGCCAUCAUUUGAGCGGGUCAACUGUAAUGGAAGAAGAACUGUAUCAAUGCAGAAGCGUAGGAGACCUGUGCAGCUCCUCCCCUUUCAGGAUGUACCCACCGCUUUCGACGCGAGAAUGGUGGGAGAUCACCUCUCCCGCAGUCCAAGUCAAACAGAGAACAGUUGAAUGAUCAAGAGUCAAAAAUGAGUGAAAAAUGAGCAAACUUGGCACAGCCUGGGAAUUAUCAUAGCUUUUGCCUAGUCAUGCACAGUUCAGCCAUUUUGUCCAACAAACAAGUCACGUGCAGCAUGCAGAACCAACAAAAAUAUGACGUGUGAAUGCUCUACUCAACUAUUCUGCAAGUCGAGCAAAUAUCGUUGCAGUACAAAUACAAGAAAAUACAUGAUCUAGAUAAAAGUGCUGAAUGAUUUGCUGUAGAGUUUCUUAUUUAUCGAAUCUUCUAGAUUGAUAAAAUCUAAGUAAAUUACCAUGUCCUGUCAUUUUUAGCCCCUUUUUUCUUUGCAGGAGGCAAGGUCCCAGACCUCUCCCACCUUCCCAAAGUCAAAAGGGAGAUGAAAUCAAAGGACAAACACUUCCGCAGUUUCGAUGAGGCAUCCCACAUGCAAAUUUUAUGCUAGACUAGAACUAUCUAGAUAACAGCAAAUCUUUGCAUCUGCAAUUCAUUUACUGCUUGAAAGAGCGACAAAAGGUAACAAAAAUUCUGACGCUCAAACUGGACUAGAGGAAUGGCCAAUCCUCGUGCUGACGUGUCUUCUGACUAUGACCUCGUUGUCGACAUCGAGACGUUCGAACAGCUGACAAACGGAAAUCCCGGUUGGGAAGUAAAAUGUCCCGAAAUAUUGAGGCACUUACCACAGGCUCAACCCGCGUCAUCACAACCGAAGAACUACGUAGAUGGCAUGGCCAACCAACACUCCAAACGGACAGAAGACGCUUCUGCACGUACAGACGGGAAUCCGACGUCGAGCAAACAGUCGGAGGAUGUCGACGCGGAACCCCUCUCCACUUGUCAAACGCAGGAGAUGAACGAGAAAUCCACUGAACGCGAAACCGAAAGUUCGACCGAGAUUUCACAAACCAGUUCCAACGACGACACUGACAAAGAAUUGACAGGAGCAGCAGUUGUAGCCCACAGUCUCCAUCAAGAAUUGAAGGCAUGGAAGCUGAAAAGUGACAGUCGUUCCCUGACGUCGUUAGUGUCGAGCGCCGGCCCAGCAGCAAGCGUCAAUACUUGGAAUGGCGACAACGACCUUAGCUCUAACCUUACAUGCAACCCGAUAAAACCUCUCAACACCAGUGACUGGGUUCCGUCGACAGAAGAUACGGCAACCAUGGUAGGCGAACCUCUGCAUUUACAAUACGAUUCACAGAAGGGGGCUACCAUCUUUAUCGCUGUUGUCGGUCUGUACAAUAAAGGAAAAACGUACGUCCUAAAUCGUAUCGGAAAAACCAACUUGCCUGAAGGAGCCGGAUACCGAACGACUGGCAUCAGCAUGAAAACGGGACAUGGAAACAUUCUUUCACGAUUCACACUCCUAGAUAUAGCAGGUUUCGACGCACCCGUUCGAGUUGGGCAAGACCGAAGUGCUGUCUACUACAAGAAAUACGUUGAUAGGUUUAUCGAGGAGCUCGCGCUGAAUCUGGCAACAGCCGUCGUUGUCGUCAUGAACAACAUCACUCUGACGGAUCAGCUUUACCUCGAGCACGUCCGCAAGGCAAUGCACACCUUCAAGAGAGACUACGCGGCAGCUAGCGGGAUAUCAGAAAGAAUUCCUGAAGAGAAGUUUCCCGAUCUCAUUGUGAUUCACAAUUUCUCUUCCUAUGGAAACCUAGAGGAAUGUAAGAAGGCAUUCAGAGGUCAGAUUGAACAAAACUACGAGGGAAAAUGGGUGGACUACGACAGAAAUCAGAAGUUCUACUACACUGAAGGUGUUCCAGGACUAAUGGUGGGCAUCAGACAUGUCUUCAUUGGACGGUCUCUAACAGAAGCUGAAAGAACCAGAACUAAGGAAUCUGUGAAGAAUACUGACUUCUACAGAGCUACAGUUAAGCACAACAUUCAAGUGUUUGAUAUGAUUAAAUCGUGGUUAAGAGGCAUUGCCAGUGAAAGCAAGGUAGAGCCGGUUUCGACUAUGGUCGAUGUUGCCAACAAUAUGCUGAGGAGUUACUUCCAAAAUCCACCCACUGCAAGACUCCACGUGAAAAAUGGCAAGGCUUAUAUUGGAUUUGAGCAACCGUGGUACUAUGAUUUCACACAACCAGGAAAAACAGCAAAACCAGAAGUAAUCAUGCCAGGAAUAAUGAUGUUGCCUGGAGCAGGAUAUGAUGGUUCAAGAGGUCUACGAAUGUCAGUGGAACAAACACAUAAUCCACCAUAUGAUGUCAUUUCAACUCCGCACAGUGUUGCCAUUAUCAUGGAUCGAAUGACGCCAAUACCUGAAGUCCAGUACAUCCCACAAGAAAAGACGUGCGUUAUUAGAGGUGAUCUCCAAUCACCGCCUUUGUACAACAAAGAAGGCAAUGUUGUCGAACGCAGAGAAAGAUUCAGUGGACCAUUCAACCUGAAAGUGGUGAUAGAUGACAUCUUGACUCACGGCGAGGCCGUUGCCUUGGCCUUCAAAGAAGUCAGAGAAGACAAAAAGAAGAAUAUUCUUUGUGUUCUAUUCGAUAAAGUCCAAAUACAAUGUCCCGAAGAAGUCAAGGAAGGUUCUGUCGAUGACAUUUUGUAACUUCUAGGUUUGAAAUAGAUUCCAGCUGCCAUGCCUACAUUAAUAUUCUGUUUCAAAUUAACCAUGAAACUGCCUAGCUUUUUGUUUGCAUCUUUCCAGAUUCAAACUGCUGGAAGAGUAUCUGUUUACUUAGCUUUAGAGACAAUAAA